AUCAAAACUCAAAGCUUGUGCACAUUCCUUCAGGCCUCUGUUUCAAACAAGUACAUAUACACACAAAAUCUGUAUCUAUAGAUUCCCAAUUCCCCCGAAAUUUUCGCUGUGAUCUUCAUUUUUGCUCGUUUACAUAUGAAUCAACACGUGCAUUGCUGUAUUGAGGUAGCAUUUUUGUUUUAUUAUGUUUUUACUCAAUUAAAUUGUGUGAAACCCUAGAUGUUGUCUGUUUGUGUGAUUGUUUGUGUUUUUGUGUGAUUAGUGCAUUUCGUAGUUAAUUGAUUGAUUAUUCAUUUGGAUCUCGAGUUUUUGAUGGUUUUUGAGGAUAUUUGGGUUGAUUUUGGCGUGGAAGAUUUGAAUUUGAGUAGUUAGGGUUUGUUACCAUGGCAGCGAGUCCUCCAUUUGGAAUGGAGGAUCAGACUGAUGAGGAUUUUUUCAAUAAGUUGGUUGAUGAUGAUGAUGAUUUUAAUGCCGUAUCGUUGAAGAAAUCAGGUUUGGGGUUAGGUGCGAAAGUAGGGGGUGGGAAUGAGGUAGAUGAGGUGAAUGUGUUUCGUAACUUAAGUAAAGGAGUAGAGGAGAGUAGUGCACAUAAAGGUUUGACAGCAAUGGAGUUUGUAGAAUUGACGGGAAAAUUUAGUGAUGAUCUUAUUAAGUUGGAUAAUGACGAAAAAGGGAGUGUGGUAGAGGCGAAUUUGGCAGGGGAAAUUAGUGAGGAUGUCGGUAUAUUGGAUAAGGGUGAUAAACGGACAGUGGUGGGGGUGGAUUUGGCAGCAAGUGAGGGUGAUAAAUUGGGGAAUUCGGGUAUCAAGGAGGUGCAGUGGAGUGCGUUUAAUGCUGUUGUGGUGCAGAAUGGUGUUAAUGAUUUAGAUAUUUUUGGUGAAUUUGGAGAACGGGAGAAAAUGGAAGAGAGUUUGGCAUGUGAGUCGAAAGUUGUAUAUGGUAGCGAUGAACAUUGUUCUGCAUAUAUGGAUGGUAGUCAGAGUUGCAGUCAGUAUCAAGACGGUCAGGUUAAUGCUGCUGAAGCUGUAUAUAGUGCGGAUGGGCAGGAUGUGAAUAGUACCGAGUACUGGGAAAAGUUGUAUCCUGGGUGGAAGUAUGACCAUAUUACAGGGCAAUGGUAUCAAGUUAAUGGUUAUGAUGCAACCUCAAGUGCAGAAGGGAGAUUUGACACUGCUGUUUCUAAUGAAACAACAGAUGUUUCUUACUUGCAACAAACUUCUCAGUCUGGCGUGGGGACAGUAGCGCAAAGCGGUACAACUGAGAGUGUUACUAGUUGGAAUCAAACUUCUCGUAUGGGAGAGGCUACUGAAAUGGCAUCUAAGUGGAAUCAGAUAUCUCAAACAAUUGACAGCACUGAGAGUGUGUCAAAUUGGAAUCAGGUUCCGACAAGUAAUAAUGGGUAUCCUUCCCAUAUGUAUUUUGAUCCUCAAUAUCCUGGUUGGUAUUAUGACACUAUUGCUCAAGAAUGGCGUUCUUUGCACACAUACGUACCAUCCACUCAGUCAGCUGUUCAGUCUGCAAAUCAUCUGAAUCAAAAUGGCUUUUCUUCUAACUGUACAUCCCAGAUAGAUGAUCAGAAAACACCGGGCUUAUAUGGGCAAGUUGGUAAUCAUGUGGCUGGAGGAUUUAGUCAUCAAAGUCAAGAUUAUAACUGGUCUGGGUCUUUCACUAAUUACAACCAGCAGGAUUCAAACACGUGGCAACCUAGUUCUGCAAAUUCAGGUUUCCAAGGGAACCAAAAAUCAGCAAAUCAGUAUGACCACAAGCAUUCAUUAACCAACCAGGUUAGUCAGCAAAAUUCUUAUGAUUAUGAAGGAUCAGUUCCGUACAAUGAGAAAGCAAGUCAGGGUCUUAAUGACUUUUCAACUAUUUCUGAGCACCAAAGCUUCAUUUCUGGGGGAAACUUCACUCCGCAUUACAAUCAGCCACAAAUCAAGGAAAAUGAACAUAUGCAUACCUCAAGUAACUACUACGACAAUCAGACUGCAUCAAAUUAUUUUCAGCAACAGUAUCAGAGUGGAAACCAGUUUUCUAAUGCUUCAACUGCAGUGAGAUCAUCAGAUGGACGUCCCCCGCAUGCUUUAGUUUCUUUUGGCUUUGGAGGAAAAAUUAUUGUUAUGAAAGAUGGCAACAGUCCACCUGGAAAUUUAUCCUCCGCAGGACAGGUCACUGUAGGAGGAUCAAUAUCUGUUCUCAACUUGAUGGAAGUUGUAAGUGGAAGGCCUGAUGCUAUAAACUCCAGAUCAGGCGUCUUUGAUUACUUUAAUAACCUUUGCAGACAAUCAAUUCCCGGUCCGCUCACUGGUGGGAAUGUUAGUGCUAAAGAGUUGUAUAGAUGGACUGAUGAAAGAAUUGCAAAUUGUGAAUCUCCUGAUAUUGAUUAUAGGAAAGCAGAAGUUUUGAGGCUGCUUCUCUCAUUGCUCAAAAUAUCUCUUCAGCACUACGGAAAGCUCCGUUCUCCUUUUGGCACCGAUAAGGCGUUAAAGGAAACCGAUACUCCAGAAUCAGCAGUUGCCAGACUUUUUGCAUCGGCCAAGGGGCAUGGUUCAGACAGCAGUAAGUAUGGUGCUCUUGCCCACUGCUUGCAGAAGUUGCCUUCUGAAGCAAAGAUGCAGGCAACAGCCUCAGAGGUUCAAACUCUUCUUGUUUCUGGAAGAAAAAAAGAGGCUUUGAUUUCUGCCCAAGAAGGUCAUAUGUGGGGACCUGCACUCGUACUUGCUGCACAACUUGGCGAUCAGUUCUAUGUUGAUACAGUGAAGCAAAUGGCUCUCCACCAGCUAGUACCAGGAUCACCUUUACGAACAUUGUGCCUGCUCAUUGCUGGUCAACCAGCAGAGGUAUUUUCUGCAGACAGUAGCGCCAAUGGUAAUAUUUCCAAUACUAAGCUUGGUGCUAAUGGAAUGCUUGAUGACUGGGAAGAGAAUUUGGCAGUGAUAACUGCAAAUAGAACAAAAGACGACGAACUCGUCCUUAUUCAUCUUGGAGAUUGCUUGUGGAAAGAAAGAAGCGAAAUAGUCGCUGCCCAUAUAUGUUACUUAGUUGCAGAAGCAAACUUUGAGCCAUAUUCAGACAGUGCACGACUUUGUCUUGUUGGUGCAGACCAUUUCAAAUUCCCACGAACAUAUGCUAGUCCAGAAGCUAUUCAGAGGACAGAGAUAUAUGAAUACUCAAGGUUGCUUGGGAACUCCCAAUUCACACUGCUCCCAUUUCAACCAUAUAAGCUUGUAUAUGCACACAUGAUGGCCGAAGUGGGAAGAGUAUCAGAAUCAAUGAAGUACUGUCAAGCAGUACUGAAAUCUCUGAAAACUGGUCGAGCACCUGAAGUGGAAACGUGGAGACAGUUGGCAUCAUCUCUUGAGGAGAGGAUAAAGACUCACCAACAGGGUGGUUUCUCGACAAACUUGGCUCCUGCAAAGUUAGUAGGUAAAUUGCUUAAUUUAUUUGAUAGCACGGCUUCUCGUGUUGUUGGAACCCUACCACCUCCUGCAUCAUCGACAUCUGGUAGCAAUUACGGAAACGGACAUUAUAAUCAAUCAUCGGGUCCUAGGGUGUUGACAAGUCAAUCAACAAUGGCAAUGUCAUCUUUAAUUCCUUCAGAUUCAAUGGAGCAUAUUAAUGAAUUGACUGCCGAUGGGAAUAGAAGGACAAUUCACAGCAGAAGCGCUUCAGAACCAGACUUCAGUAGGACUCCUAGACAGGACCAGACUGAUUCAUCAAAAGAAGAAUCUUCUACCAAUACACAAGGCAAAGCAUCAGUUUCUGGGGAAACAUCUCGAUUUGGGCGCUUUGGAUUUGGCUCCCAGUUUAUACAAAAAAUACUGAAACCCCGGCAAGAAAAACAGGCUAAACUGGGCGAAACAAAUAAGUUCUAUUAUGAUGAGAAACUUAAGCGAUGGGUAGAGGAAGGCGUUGACCCUCCAGCAGAGGAAGCUGCACUACCACCUCCACCUACCACUGCAGCCUUCCCAAAUGGAACAUCAGAUUACAACCUGAAUAGUGCCUUGAAAAAUGAAGGACCCCGCAGUAAUGGAAGCCCAGACCAAGGGGGCCCUACUUCUUUGGUACAUAGUUCUGGAAUUCCACCAAUUCCACCCACCUCAAACCAGUUCUCAGCUCGCGGACGGAUGGGAGUUAGAUCAAGGUAUGUUGACACAUUUAACAAAGGCGGUGUAAAUCAAACAAACAUGUUCCAGUCACCAUCUGUGCCUUCAGUUAAGGCCAAAAGCAAUGCUAGCCCAAAAUUUUUUGUUCCCGCACAAGUAUCCGGACAGACACUGGAUUCUGCUGUGGAUGGAAGUGAACAAACCACUUCUGGUAAUUUAGCAUCCUUCAGCGACCCAGUUCAGUCCUUUGCCCCGUCAUCAUCUAUGAACAUGCAAAAGAAUGCAAGUAUGGAUGACCUCUCAAAGAGAAGGACAACAACUCCUGGCAUUGACAAUGAAUUCCUUCCUGCUUAUUCCCGACGAACAGCAUCAUGGAGUGGCAGCAUUGCCGAUUCUUAUAGUCCUCCCAGUGCCACUGAAAUAAAACCUCUAGGAGAGGUGUUAGGAGUGCCUCCCUCACUGUACAUGCCUCCUAGUCCUGCCUUAGUACACUCGUCAGCAAAUGGUGGCAGCUAUGGGGAUGAUCUUCAUGAAGUUGAACUAUAAACAGGAUGAUGUAUAUAGCUCGUAUUGCUCUAUGCAAUUAAUCUGAAGAUACCAGCUUGACAUCCCAGAUAGUAAUAAAGACCUGAAACUAUGAAGACGAGCAGACAAGAAAAGAUAUUUUUGUUUUUGUUUACCCUUGUGCAAUACAUACUUCACACGGCUUACUUAGUUCCGUCUUGUAUGUUUAGUGUUUAGGUUUUGUUAUUUGCCGAAAUACUUGCAUCAUCGGCACUCAGAGCCUGAUGGUUAUACACUAAAGCAAAGGAGUGUUAGCCCACUGCUGUACACUGUACAGUACACAAUUUUGUCAUCUAUUAAAGUGAGGAUGAUCUCUUGAAUGA